AUGGCAGCUAUGACUAUGCAAAUGUCGCCGCCAGCUUCACCCACAUCGCCUAAGAGGCGCCGAUCGCCAAACCUCUCCAUCGACCUCAGCGAUCUCCCAGCCCUCUCGCAACCCACGCCACCAAGCAACACCCUCAUCAUCACCAACCUACAGGCGCUCGAGAUCUUCACUGCCGCCAACUUGGAAAGCAUCCAACAAGCCAUCAACCAACACGCCCAGAUCCACACCUUCUCGCCGCUCAAGUCCUUCCGACGAGUCAUUGUUAGCUUCUACACCGUGGAGGAUGCCAUCGCGAUCAGACAAGUGCUCGAUGGCGAGACAGUUCUGGGAGACAGAGUGAGAGUAUACUUCGGCACAGAGACCAAGAUCCAACAAGAAGAUCAACAUCUUCAGGCACCGCAAAGCCAAAAGCUCUUCUUCAUCUCGCCGCCACCAAGCCCACCGGUCGGCUGGGAGAUGCGCAACGAGGAGCCUCCGAACAAAGAAGUGCACGCAGAGGAUCUCGCGGAUGCUCUUGCAAAGCUACACGCACGACCUGCCGCCGACGAUGCACUGAAAGAGAGGAUGGAGACCGAACAUCAGCACGAAUGGAAGCCAUUGAUCAACAGACAUCGAUCGGGCAGUUCCACACUGGUAUAUGAUCCGCAGGAACAAGGCAACUCGCCUGAUCUUCCCGCUAUUGCUGUCGAAGAUACUACGGAGAGUCCACUGCCUUUGAGCCCGAUGGAGGGUGUUGAGAAGAAGUUUAUGCAUACGGCUCGGCCGCCUGUGGAGCUCAUGGAGUCGUGA